CGCAGUCUCCCCGCGGUCUCCGCCCCCCCAGUCUGCCUGAAUGGGAACACCCAGAGCGGGAUCCCCGGCGUUCCUGGCAUCCAUCCCAAACAACAGCACAGCCGGACAAAACAACGUCCUAAAGCGUAUUUCAUUGAGAAAGCGGCGUAUUGCAGAUAACAUAUUUGACUGCAAUGUUACACCUGCCGCAGGAUGUUGUCUCUAGAUCUGGAAACUGAUACUACUGCGGAGGACACAGCGCCGAGCACCCCAGAUGGUGGCGCGGAGACACCGGCCAGUCUCGAUGUGCUGGAAGAGCAAUGGCCAAUAAAGCAGUCCCUGAGUGCCUCUAUGUGCCGUGAUACGCACUGGCGAUGCCUUCUCCUUUCUCUGCUCAUGUACAGCUGCCUAGGUGCCGUGGCCUGGUGUCAGCUCACCCAGGUCACCAAGCUAAGCUUCGAUUCCUCCAGUACUUCCCUCACAGCCUCAAUGAACUCUCUGAGAGGAGGAGGCCGUGCCAUGAUAUACCACGACAGCCCUUGCUCUGAUGGUUACGUGUACAUCCCCUUGGCCUUCCUGCUCAUGCUCUACGCCGUUUACCUUAUGGAGUGCUGGCACUGUCGCGCCCGCAGCGAGUUGCAGUGCAAGGCCAACAUAGAGAGUGUGUACGAAAGGGUUCUGCGUAUGCGCCAAGCCCGGCCGUGCGUCUGGUGGAAAGCCAUCAGUUACCAUUUCGUACGCAGAACUCGACAAGUAACGCGUUACCGGAAUGGAGAUGCCUACACGACUACGCAGGUCUAUCACGAGCGUGUUAACACGCAUGUGGCGGAGGGCGAGUUCGACUACAGUCGAUGUGGAAUGAGAGAUGUUUCACGCAACUUGCGGGGGCUGGAGGCACACGCGGCAACACGGUUGCAUUUUUCAAAGUGCUUCAGCUUCUCUGGAGCAGGACCUGAAAAUGCAUACCUCAACCAACGUGCCAGGUUCUUCUCGGAAAUUGAGGGACUGGAUGACUACAUGGAAGCCCGUGAGGGCAUGCUGCUGAAAAACGUUGACUUCAAAGAGCACCUCAUUGCUUAUGUGGAUCCCGACCAAUUGCCAUGGUACACCUCGCGGGUCACCUUCUGGUUGGCGGCUCUCCUCAUGCUCUCCUGGCCACUGCGAGUACUAAUCGAGUACCGGACUGCGUUUGUGCACUAUCAAGUUGAGAAACUCUUUGGACUUGAGUAUAGCAACAACAGCCCAUCUCCAGAAGCCGACGCCACUACGAGGAACACUCGUUAUGGCCUACCGAGAGUAGAAACCAUCGACAGUACGGAGCUGGAAUGGCACAUUCGUUCAAACCGCCAGCUUAUACCAAGCUACUCGGAGGCCAUGCUGAUGAACCUAGGAACUUCGGGGUCAAAUCACAGAGACAGUAUUUCCUCCAACCGCUUGCUGUUGGACAGCUGCUCAGCGCAGAGUUACGGGACGUUGGUGCAGAACUGUGAGCACUGUUGCCAACACGAAGGCGGACGAAGACGGCCGACUAUCAGCUCAAGCUGUUCCUCCAUCUUCUCUCGCCACACCUUCCACUCCCGUUUGUCUCUGGACACCUCGCACUUCUCGCUGUGCCGCAUGUAUGGCUCCAGGCGCACCAUGGGACUGUGGAGGAGCCGCAGUAGUACACUUACAGAGCGUUGUUGUCCUGAUGAGCAGUGCUGCAGGUCUUACACCAGUCAGCUUGCACUUAAUGACAGCCCGCCGAACUACCAAGACGCUCGCUUCUUCCCAGUCCUCAUUGUACAUCGACCUGAGGGCUGUGGGGACUCCUCUGAGGUGAGGAGAUAUUACGUUCGCAGAGGCUCCUGUUGUGUGGAGACUUCGGUUUAAAGUGGCUUUAAAAGUUUGUUAAACAUUAUUAUUUGCACUACGCAGAAAGUGGACUUGAUGGCUGUUUCAUUAGUAUGAGGAAUUGCUUGAUGCCAAAUUGAUGAAGUGUAUUCUCAUGAACUUAGUCUUGCUCUAACAGCUAACAUGUGCAAAAUUAUAAAUGUGGCUUAUUCAGUGCAGCACUGAAGAGUUUUUUGUUUAGAUUUUGGUUUCAAUUAAAGGGCUGGAUUGCAAUUAUCAAUAAAUAGAACCAGCUCUUCAUACUGUUUACGAACAGCUGGCUGACAAAUGUGUUAGCUUCAAUAAAUUAAUUUAAAAGAAAAUCUAUCAACAAACACAUCACAUUUAAGUCGGAAACAUGCAUUGCUUGUUAUAAAUGUUUGUGGUCACUGAAGGAAAGAGUUAUGACUGCAGACUUGCUCAAAGGACAAAGACAGAAAAUAAACUCAAAAGCUGCCAUUUGACUUUGUUACUAAUGUGAAAUAGUUUUUAAAGAAAUAAACAUCAAAUAAAUUCAAAGUACAUUAUAGGUAACAAGUUAUAUUCAUGAAUAUAUGUAUAUACAGUUCUGCUGUAUAUAUUUUCUAUAUUACUGCAUAAAUAUGACAAAUUUUCACACAAGUCCUGUUAGUCAUCCCAUUGAUUGAAAAUGUCUCUUAACAGAUGGAUUCUAAUUUCGCCUUCAAAUUAACUGCUAAUCGUAGAGAUUCACAUACUUUUGCCACUCACAGAUAUGUAAUAUUGGAUCAUUUUCCAGAUGACAAAGUAUAUAUCUUUGCCUCAUUUGUUUGAUUGGAACAUCUUUGUCUACUUUCAGGACUUGAAAAUCUGAUGAUGUUUUGGUUCAUAUUUACGCAGAAAUAUAGAAAAUUCUAAAGGGUUCACAAACUUUUAAGCAGCAAUAUAUAUACAUACAUAUAUACAUGAAGAAGAAGAUCAUUAUUAUUAUUUUACAGUUAAAUGUUUAUUUUUAUAUUUGUGACGCUGGACCACAAAACCAGUCAGCACGGGUAUAUUUGUAGCAAUAGCCAACAAUACAUUGUAUGGAUCAAAAUUGUAUUUAAAAAAAUAUGCCAAAAAUCAUUAGGAUAUUAAAGAUCAUGCUCCAUGAAGAUAUUUUGUAAAUUUCCUACCGUAAAUAGGAAUUACUAGUAUAGUAAUAUACAUUGCUAAGAACUUCAUUUGGACAAUUUUAAAGGCAAUUUUCUCAAUAUUUUGAUUUUUUGCACCCUCAGAUUCGAGAUAUUCAAAUAGUUGUAUCUCGAUCUUGAAAGCUUAUUUAUUAAACUUUAUAAAAAUCUCAAUUGAAAAAAAAAAUAAAAUAAAGUCCCUUAUGGCUGGUUUUGCGGUCCAGGGUCACAUUUGUUAAUGCUAAUCCACUGAAUGAAUAUUUUGGCCUCAAAGAAUUGUCUUUGAUGCCUGAUUUAUAUAAGCAAAGGUUGCAUGGCAAUUUGCUCACAUUGUUUCAAGGAAGCAAGUGGAUAUGUAUGCAGCUUGUUGGAAGUUCUUCCUCUAAAAAGGUUCCCAGAAACAGCAAUAUGGUUCUUCACACCUUGGUGUAUCAUUAGUGCAUGUCUCUGUAACAGAAGACAUCACAUUUGAAUUUACACUGGCUCAUCAAAUGAGAGAGAAUCAUCAUAUAUAACAAUUCCCCUUUAAACUAAAUGUUAUGGCCUAACUGUUUAAAGUAUGGAUGUGAGAAAGUCAAGAAAUGCUGUUGAAAUGGCAGUGACUGUUAAAAAAAAUAGUGCAGAAUAAA